AUGAUGUCUCUUCUGCGAAACCCUAGAUUCACAUCUCUUUUCAAUUGGGUAUCUCAAAUUUCCGCAGAAACCCUCUCUAAACCCCAACUUCCGGGACACUCUAGAUCUUUCGCCACUCGGAGAACACUCGACGCAGAAGUUUCCGGCGAGAAACGGAGCGGUAGACCGCGAAAUGAGAUUCGGAAAGUUGCCCAGGUUGCGAUGUUUGAUUACUUCCAUCACAACAGGGGAUUGCAGUUUCUGGUCGCCGAGAGUAUGAGCAAAAAUGCGCCCUUUUUUAAUGAUAAUCUAUUGAAGAAGCUAAACGGUGAUUUUGAUGCUGAUGCUGAUGCUGAUGCUGGUGAUGAUUUAGUCAGAUCCAUCACCAGGUUUCUAUUGUUUAACCCUGUGAAUGAAUUCGAGCCGUUCCUCGAGAGUUUAGGAUUGAAGCCUUCAGAGUAUAGUCAUCUGAUUCCCUGUGAUAAGAUGUUUUUGAAUGAAGAUGCUUUUUUGCUUGAGAAUUACCAUGUCUUUUGGAACUAUGGAAUCGACAGGAAGAAGAUGGGGAAGAUCUUCAAAGAAGCUAGGGAGGUUUUCGGGUACGAAACUGGGGUUUUAGCUGCAAAGAUUCAGGCUUAUGAGGAUUUGGGGUUUAGCAAAGUGUUUCUAUCGAAAGUUAUCGUUUGUAGCCCUAGUAUCCUGAUUGGGGAUAUGAAUGUUGAAAUGGCUAAAGUCAUAGGGAUGUUGAGAACUAUAGGUUUUGGUUUUGAUUGGGUAGCAGAGAACUUAUCAGAGGAAGCAACUUAUGACUGGAGCUCUAUGCAUAGGUGUUUAAGGUUUCUUAGAGAUGUGUUUUUGGAUGAGAGUGAGCUACGUGAGUUAAUGAAGAAGCAGCCGAGGCUGGUUUUCGAGAGUUCAGGGGAAUGGACACUGAUGCUAGCUGGAUUUGAGACAAAACUAGGGUCAUCAUCCAGAAGUGAGCUCUCUUCGUUGUUUCAGAAACUCCCGGAGGUUCCUGGUUUAGGGAAGUGUGUAUCGAAUCUUAGGCAUUGCUUCUUGUUCUUGAAAGAGAUUGAGAUGGAGGCUGCUGAGAUAGGCAAGGUGUUGCGUGUUCACUCAUGGUGGCUUUGUGCGUCUCGUUUGAAGCAAACGAGUACGUAUCUUAACAUAUUGAAAUGUGGGAAAAGGAGGCUUUGUCAAGUCAUUCAAGAGAACCCAGAGGAGAUGAAGAAAUGGAGUAUAGGGUUAAAAGUCCAGCCGCUGCCAGGUUCGGGAGUAGACUUCAGAGAGUCGAAAGCGAUGAAGAUACAGUUUUUGUUGGAUUUGGGAUACAAGGAAAACUCAAAGGAGAUGGAGAGAGCUCUCAAGAGUUUCCGAGGCAGAGGAUCUGAGCUGAGUAAGAGGUUUAGCUUCUUUGUGAGUUUGGGUUUGGAUGAGGAAGUUGUGAAAGAUAUGGUGAGAGCAUCUCCUGAUGUCCUCACGCAGGCAAGUGAUGUGCUUGAAACGAAGGUUAAGUACCUUGUUGAGGAAUUAGGCUAUCCGCUUUCUGCUUUGGUGGCUUUUCCUUCGUGUCUUAAAUACACUCUUGAGAAGAUGAAGCUCAGGUUUGGAAUGUUUGCUUGGCUUCAAGCACGAGGAAAGGCAGGUCCAAAGCUUGCUAUUAGUAGUAUACUUGUGUACUCGGAGAAGUCGUUUGCGACUAGGUUUGUAAAUCGUCACCCGGAUGGGCCUAAGCAUUUUGAGGAGUUGAAGAAACAGCUUCUUUGUGAGUAG